UAACAUCCCUCCUGCCUGUUUCUCAUUCCAUUGACUUCACUCAGUGUUGUUACCACCUAAUAGCAAAGCCACACUUUGUAGGAGUGAAGUUAAACUACACUUAUCUUAAAUAUUUAUCCAACUAAAACCAUUCAGCUUCAAUAACGACUGCUUCUUUGCUAGUGGUCUUAUUUAUUGCAUUAAAAUUAGCAUUGUCUGUAAGAAUGCUGGGGAUUUCUAUUUUACAAGUCCCUUAGAUGUAGUCAAAGGCCUGUCAUCACACAAACAUCUAUUUCUGGCAUGCAACAGGUGGUAACAAGCACACUGAGUUCCUCACUGUACUAAACAAAUCAACAAAGCAUCACAAGGGCCUCUGGACGAGCCGUGGGGAUGGAGCAUGGUGCUUUAGGUUGUGGCAUGUUUCCCUUCAGCCCGACUCUUUUUUUCCCCCCUCAUGUUGUGCUAAACAUGGACACCAAGAUCGUUUGGCUUUAGGGUCCGGGGUUUAUGGAAGGUGGACAACGCAAAAACCUCCCUGCAUGUAAUGAGAACUGCUGUUGUGUUCAAACGAGGCUUGGUCCAACAGUCCAGAAAGCUUCCUAAAUGCUUCUCUAACGUACUCACCUUUAAUACACCCUUCCUAUUCCCUCUGUUGACCUACUAUUAUGAAAGAUAGCAGAUAAUAAUGUAGAAUAAUCUUGACGUUGCACUGACUAAAAGAUAAUGUUUAACAGAUGUGAUUAUAUCGUUUUCAAAUGUUUUGCAACCUUAUACUUCCUACAACUUAGUCUCCGAGUCAUGUUUUCUUAACCCUCUGAGCUCCAAGCAAUUUCUGUGCAUUUGUUUUCUUUUGGGCUCAUUUUUCACUGCACCAUAAACUCCUCGUCUGUGGAAGCAGCGCAACCGUGGCGAGAAGUAAAGAGAACUCAGAACCCACUUCUGUGUAGUUUGACACAGAAUGCCAUAAAUCAAAAAAAAUUAAAUUUUUUUUUUACAUUUAGAGCAUUUUUUUCCAAGUGCCCGUAGAUCUUACCAACAUUUGGGGGAAAAAAACUGGUGACUCUACAUAUAAAUUUUGUAAUGGAGUUCAGAGGGUUGAAUGAUAAAGCUGGAUAUAUUCUAUUUUUUAUUGUCAAUAAGUCCCAGUCAGCCCAAAACCAACAAUGAACUGAUCCGAUUAAUGAGUAUUUUCUGAUAUAUCUCGUGUCUUCAUGUGAUAGAGUUGCAUUGUUGUCCAAAAAUUGUUAAAAACACGUCAGUGAGUCAUACUGUUGCACUUUUGGGUGACAAUAGAAUAUAAAUCAACUGUUGUUUAUUUUGUCUCAAUUCCGCCAUUCUGCUCCCUGAAAUACUGACAUAGUGAAUCAAUCUGCAGCUGAAAAGAAAACAUACACUGUUAACCCAAUCCAGACUACAGUGUAUAAAAUAUCUCAGGCUUUUCUGUGAAUGAGAAUACCAGUGUGCAACUUUUACUGUAGAGUGACACAAAUGGCAAGUUGACAUGUGCGAUAAUGGUAAAUACUGACACACAAUGAACAGUAGCACUAGUAGGUCAGCAAUGUGACUAAUGUGAAAACACAGCUAUAUCUAUCUACAGCGAACUAGCUCAUUUUACCCACCACAAGCUACCAGUUAUACCCAACCAGGCAAGACUGUAUAAGAUGAAGGAAGUGUGUAUUAUACUGUAUGCGGCUUUUGAAUUUAUCUUUUUACCUUUAAGAACAACCCUGUUAGCAUGUUCACAGAAUCUAGAAGCCACAUAUUGAAUGACAUAAGCCGUCAACAUCAUGGUUAAGCAUUUCCGCCUUGAAGGUGCAGUGUGCUGAUGAUGGUCUCAGAAACAUGGGUUCAGACUUAGGUAGUUUCAUACAUGACAAAUGUAAAGAAUUAAGUCUUUUAGCUUGCAGGGUUGGACUUUCUGUAUCGUUAUUCUUCAGAAUUGGUGUUCUGUUCAAAUGUGUAUUGCCGAAUUAAUCCAAUAUUGCAACCUGCCAUUGUGUAGCAUAGAAUAGUUUCAAAGUGUUUGAGCAGAGUCGAAGGUGAGCUGGUGUGCUUGAGCUACAGUGGAUGCAGCAAGGGUUGGUCAAAGUUAGAAAUGGAGACUUCUCAGAUCUGCAAAUUCUGGAAUAAACAAUGUUGUAGAGUUACUCCUAAGUCAUUUCGAGACCAUAUUUACAUGAAAAAUGCCUCUACAUGUGUAACUUUUAUACACAAGGAUGAUUUUUGAGGUAUUUAAUCAAUAACCAGAGAGAAACUUUAAAGCUUCAUAUCCUCAGUAGGAUCAAAUGAGCUUGGGGCUGUGCAGCACAGACAGGGUGGAAGAGUGAGAAAAUGGAAAACACACCAGUGUCUGUAAGAUCGACAACACAGACGGCAAGUGUAGAAUAACAUCAGCCAGUAUUUCACCUGCUUCCAAUGUAGUUGCUGCUGUGGGUUUUCCUCAGCAUAGACUCAGUCUGUUGCAGAGGACUGGUGCAGCAAACAGUUUUACUUACACCCAACCACACAAACAUUUAGCAAAAAUAAACAUGUGCAGAGCAGCACUUAGAUUUCUCACACUGACGAAAGACUCUACUUUUCAAGAAUGACCGACAGACUAUCAUAUCUCGUCUCUCACUUCUGUGAUUAGUCUGUGUCUCUGGGUUCCAGUACAUUACUGUACAAGCAAGGAGAGGCUGAUCAGACAAUAUUUAACAGUCAACCCAGCCUGACACUGCCUCACCUCUCCCAUCAAGCUGAGCACGACACACCAUGACUGCAAAGUCCUUUGAAAAUCUUUAAAAUCAAUUAUAAUUCCUUUAAUAGUACAUGUAUUUCUGAAGUGCACUGACAGCAAGCGCAGUUUUCAAGCCAUGCUGACAUAAUCUUUUGUGGUUUUAAGAAAAUGAGUCUUUUGAGACUAAUGGCUUACGACACCCAAUGAUUCAUGAGAAUAGAAAGUUUCCUGGCUUUUUUGUCUUUUUGCCAGUGUCAGUCAUGGGUUAAUUUGCCAUCACAACUUAUUCACCAUGAUGAAUUUAAAUUUAGAAUAUGUUUAUCAGUAUCAGAACUGCACUCCUGACAUUGUGUACACAUACAGCUGUUAACUAAAGCUCAGUCAACCGGUAUAAUACAUUCAACUAACUGAAUCUAAGUGUUGUUUCUGCAUCCACCUGCAUGUGAGACAGUGUGUGUAAGUGCACCUCUAUAUGGCAGUGAUGAUCUCCCAUGGCACUGAAACCACAGUGAUUAAAAAUCAAUCCGUCCUGAUGUGAGUUCUGAGCCUGUAUGAGAAACACACAGUUGCCCUCUGAAAGCGCCUGUUCAUCUACUUCGUUUCUGAGCAAGUUUGUCACAAUGCUUGUGUGGUAAUCAUAGCCACAGGCUUCAGGAAGUAAGCCACAAGAGGAAAAACACCAACAAACAGUACGAUAAGCGAGAUCUGUACUUUAGACAGUAUUAAUUAGUAAUUAAUUUUUUUUUCAAUCUACACAGACGGUGUCUACGUCAGUGCUUCCUCGCCUCAUACCUCACCUGACUUUCCACCAAAUGCAAAGCAUCCAUGCUUAAUGAUGAUGGGUUUAUUGUUGCUAGCAUAAACACUCACUUCCCCCAGUACGCACUAAAACCCCACCCUGGUUUACACUACCAGUCUCUUCCAACUCCUGCUGUUUGUUCAGAACGUUAAUAGUUAGCCAAAUCAAUACACGCUGUUUGUCGGCAGCCCUGCCUCAUCCCGAGUCUCAUACUGUCACCUGAACUCUGGAUGCUGAAUCAGUCACAAUGGCCUCUUUCUUUGCUCGAUUUUUCCAAGAAAAUGAAAUGAUUGAGCAGAAUUAAGGAUGUCUUUUAGGAAGUCAUUUUGAGAGAUGACACCCCUCUCAUACCCUCAAGUUUCAUUCACAUUAUGUAUAGACACCCGAAGUGUGUGUGAAGGCCUUUUUUUAUAGCUACGGCUACACCGUUUUUCCAAGAAGUCUGUGACUGAAGGUUAUUUUCCAAAGCUCAUCUAUUUUUCCUGCUUCGGAUUGUCUCCUCAGUGUCUGGUUUAAAGAGAAGGCUGGGAAACGGCAGCAGAGGAAAGGUGGGACUCUGAAUUCCAGUGUGCAAAUGUGGGUUACACAUUUGCUUCAUUUGGCAGGAGUCAAUGAAAUUCAAACUGCUGCCCACCUUCUUGACUGUUGAAGUAGUUUUCGCCAAGAAUAGUAGCAGGACAUGCACAUCAAUUGUUCUUCAGAGCGCUGCUAAAAUAGGCGCUGUGAGCCCUGCAUGUUUCUCGCCUGUUAACAGACAGUGAUCAAGUAUCAAGACUACAUGAAUGGUCUCCAUACCAAGGCAGGGAGAGACGCCUUCAUACCUCCUGUGCCUUCUGUGCCUGAAAAUCAACAGUAAUCAGAGUUUCUGAUACCUUUAGUUUGGAUUCCAGCUGGGGUUUUUUUAUACAUAAAAUAAGCAAAGAAUUAUUUACCGUUUAUUUGUCCAACCACUUCACUCUGCAAUUUUAGCUUUGGCCUGCGACCCAGUGCAGACCCUGUCAAGAUUGAUGGUGUUGUUUUGCAGACGGAGGUAACUGGAGGUUAUGCUCACAUCUGUUCUCUGUAACUCAAUCGCUUGGUCAGAGAGCAAGACGGACUCAACGCAUACCUCAACAAACUGAGAACACUAUAUUUUUCUUUCCUUUUGUUCGGACCUGUUCUUUUUCUCCUCGGCUUCUCACUUUGCAGCUGCAGCUUUGUUUGUAUUAGAACUCCACUCCACAAAGUAAACUUGCUUCAUUCUUUGCUGGUCGUAAACAGGCCAAUUACAAGGCACUCAGACCUGGACAGCAAGACAUACACACUCUGCACACAUACUUACUAGGAGGAGUAAGCAGGGGAAAAAAAAGGAAAGCGCUACUGGCAUUAUAAUAAAGGACUUGUUGGCCAGGGUUACUAGAGGGCAAUGGCCGUAACUCCUCUCCCUGUGUGUGUGGAAGGAAGCGAGAGAGAGUCAGAGAACGGCAGAGCGAGACAAGGAUCAUGUGGCUGGAGUGCGCCGCGUCCACUGUUCAACACUGAAAGGGAGCAGCACCCAAAACAGGGGGCGGAUACCGCAGCUUCCAAACCACUGGACUCACCAUCUGCCUGCUCUUAUUUUCCAAACCUACUGAAACUGACAAGUCCUGCGACGUCAGAGGAGCCCACUUGGGCCACGCUUUUGGAAAAUUCACUUCCAUCCAGGCGUCAAAAAGGGGGAUCUGGCGCGGCGAAUAUGGAAGUGGAUGAGGAUUGCUCGAUGUCGGAGUGGGAGGCCAUGCUGGAGCUGGAUGAGGCGUUGGCGGGGUGGCUGCUGCAGGGUCCAGCUAGAGGGGAGUGGGGAUGGGAGUGGGGCUGGGCUGCCUCGGACCUUCAGGACCCCGAGUGGGACACUGAGGAGAUUCCUGCUGUGCUGAGCCCGACAUACAAGCAGCGCAAUGAGGACUUUAGGAAACUCUUCAAGCAGCUCCCUGACACAGAGAGACUCAUUGUGGACUACUCCUGUGCUCUUCAGCGGGACAUCCUCCUGCAGGGACGACUCUACCUCUCUGAGAACUGGAUCUGUUUCUAUAGCAACAUCUUCCGCUGGGAAACACUGCUGACAGUGCGACUAAAAGACAUCUGCUCGAUGACGAAAGAGAAGACCGCUCGCCUCAUUCCCAAUGCUAUCCAGGUCUGCACAGACACUGAGAAGCACUUCUUCACCUCGUUCGGAGCACGGGACAGGACGUACAUGAUGAUGUUCAGACUGUGGCAGAAUGCGCUGCUUGACAAGCCCUUGUGCCCCAAAGAACUGUGGCACUUUGUUCAUCAGUGCUAUGGCAACGAGCUCGGCCUAACCAGUGACGAUGAGGACUAUGUUCCCCCUGAUGAUGACUUCAACACCAUGGGGUUCAGUGAAGAGAUUCCCAAUGAAGAGAAUGAGAUUAACAAUGACAACUUGUCGAAGAGCAGCGCAGAGGCCAAGCCUGAGGGGAGCCCUCCUCCGAUACAUAAGAAGGUCAUCCCAAACAGCACCAUCCCCAGCCCUGGCAACCAUGACACACCCAUCACAUUUGAGCUCCCAGCAGAGGAAUAUGCAGACUGCCUUCCAGACGGCGAGCUGCUGGCUGUACCUCUGUUGGUGGAGGACAAGAACGAGACCAGCGGGCCUGGUGGUCCUGUCCCCUCACCGUCACUGGACUUCAACGACAACGAAGACAUCCCCACCGAGCUCAGUGACUCCUCGGAAACACACGAUGAAGGUGAGGUACAGGCCUUCCAUGAGGAUCUGAAUGGCAGGCAGUACAUCAACGAGGUCUACAAGUUCAGCGUGGACAAGCUCUAUGACAUCCUCUUCACAGAGUCUCAGUUCAUGAGUGAUUUCAUGGAACACCGGCGAUUCUCAGAUGUGGUGUACCAUCCCUGGAAGAAAGAGGAGGCUGGGAAUCAGACCAGGGAGAUCCUGUACACCAUCUCACUAUCCAACCCCUUGGCCCCUAAAACAGCUACAGUCACUGAGACACAGACUCUGUACAAAGCCAGUCAGGAGAGCGAGUGCUACAUCAUCGAUGCUGAGGUCAUCACACAUGAUGUGCCCUACCACGAUUACUUCUACACUCUCAACCGCUACAUGCUCACAAGGGUCGCCAAGAACAAGUGUCGGUUAAGAGUAUCAACAGAGCUGCGUUACAGGAAGCAGCCAUGGGGGCUGGUGAAAGGUUUCAUAGAGAAGAAUUUCUGGAGUGGAAUAGAAGAGAAUUUCCGUCAUCUUGAGUUGGAGUUGUCCAAGCUGGAGGAGAUACUUACUGAGUCCCAUCAGCUGUCUCCAAAGGCGAAGGUGGUGAAGAACUCCUCAGUGAGGCGAAAGAAGAGGCCACUGCCCCACAUGCGCAGCCAGCAUCUGGACGAGGCCCUCAGCCCCGUUACCACGCCGACUGACGAGGAGGUGAUUCAGAGGAUCAAGCAGGUGGUGGGCUCCACACAGACCAGACACCAGAGUCCAGAACACCACCACCACCUACCCGGAGGCCUGGCCCUGUACAGCGUCUCUAAACUGCUGCUCAUCAUCAGCUUUGUUCUCAUCCUGCUGGUGUUCCUCAACAUGAUGCUUUUCUAUAAGCUGUGGAUGCUGGAGUACUCUGCACAGUCUUUAACAACCUGGCAAGGUCUGCGGCUUCAUGAAAGUAAACUGCCUCAGACGCAGAUGGAGUGGGCCCAGCUCCUGGAGGCGCAGCAGCGUUACCAUGACGCCGAGCUGCAGAAGUGGAGGGAGAUUAUCAAGUCGUCAGUAGUGCUGCUAGACCAGAUGAAAGACUCUUUAUUGAACCUCCAGCGAGGCAUUGGUUUAAGGGACUACAGCUCAGAGACUGAGGAGAAGAGAAGUCGCUAUCACUGACACACCACCAUAAGGCCAUGAGGGCAUGCUGUGCAAUAUAGGACCUGUUUUGUUUGUGAACCAGUUUGCAGGCAGCAGCAGGAAAGAGGGAGGACAGAGGGGGAGGUGGGACCAGCGGUGAGCGGGUCCAAAGACUACAAAGAGAGGAACAGUCGUCUCCAGCGCACAGAAGUUUUAAAAAACCCCGGAGGAGGAAAUCAUGGACAGAAAAGUGCCCCAAACGCACACAGGAACUGAGGUAUCCCCAACAUCACUGAGGCAUUGUGGGAAGGUGCGAGGCUUGCCCUUUCUUUUCACCUGUGGGAUAACUGUUUCCUUCUACUCUCUUUUUUUCCAAGUGCAUCCUACUGUAAGCCAUGUCAACCAGGAGAGUGGCAGAGAGAAAGAAGGAAAACUAAUGCAUGCAUUUAGACAACCUAGCUCCCCUCAGUCAGUGUUAAUGUGGUCCAGUUCCAGUCUAUGUGUGUCAAAAAAAAGAAGAACAGAAGAAGAGGAGAGAUUGAGUCUGACAAAGGGGGGUUCCUUUCGAGUCUUAAUGGCUUUUUACACUCUCUCGACUGUUCCAACCAAUCAUCCCCGAGAGGCCCUCGCUGCAGCGUCCCUUAUAAUGAACCUCCAGGUGAUCAGAGGACAGUUUGGUUCCACAGAAGAAACAUUGUAGCUGGGAGAUCAGCUUCUCUGAUCAGUCCCUCUUGCCUUGUUUCAGUCUGGCCUGCAUGGUUCCUGUCAGGGCUGGUUCCCUGUCGGACCGUCGUGUUGAAUUGUUUCAAAGUAGAAUCUAAAGAUUGAUAAAACCUAAGCCCCUCUUUUUAACAUUAGACACAGCUCCCAUGACCACAUGCUCCUGCUACAGUGUUCGCUACCUUACGUUGCAUUAUUUCUCAUCCUUCUGAUGAAGUCGAAUGUAUUAAUCGGGAAAAAAAGGCUGGACUUUGAUCACGACUUAUUAAUCUUCGAAGCGGGGACGCUGCAGCCAGACCCGUUGGGAGACCUGUAUUCUUACAUGUUUUAUUACUAAACUGUGAUUAUAUCUCUUUAAAGAUGUUUCAAAUUGGAAAGAAUUCUAUGAAUAUAUUUGAAAUAUAUAAGAAUAUUUCAUUAUUUAAUAUAUAUAUAUUUCAAAAUAUAUAAACAUUACCUAUAUUUAUUGUUAAUUUAUGUACAUACAGAAAUUAUCAGAGCUCUAGACCAGUUAAAGAAUUUCUAACAAAAAGUGUUUUCUUCUAAAAAUGCAUGCCAGAUAUGUCUGUGACAUGUCCAGUGUGCAAGUAUGAUUCUGCAUUUGCGCGAUUAUAUUCGCGCAUGUGUGUGUGUGUGUGUGUGUGUGUGUGUGUGUGUGUGUGUGUGUGUGUGUGUGUGUGUGUGUGUGUGUGUGUGUGUGUGUGUGUGUGUGUGAGAGAGAGAGAGUGUGUGCGUGUGAGCACAUGUGUGUGCUGGAAAGUGUGACAUUUUUACCAUUCCACACAUGUAUGUUUCAUAUGUUUUUCUUUCUUUUCUGGCUUCUGCAGCCAGACUGCCUUUUUUAAAAUGCUAAUGCGUUUGGAUGCCGCCUUGCAUUAGUCCCACCAGGGUACAGUUUACAGUCGAAGAGUUUUGUUCCAAAAUGAUGUAUCCAACAUUUGAAAACAAAGUUACAGCUUCUACUUUUUACGCAGUAAUCGAUUGCCUAAAUGAAUGUCACACACUUGACACAUCCUUAGUAGAUUAAAUCCACGGGAGGAAGAAGAGAGAUCAUCAGACUGAAUAAUGAACAGGAUGAUGUUUCUCUUGUAAAUGGAUAUAUAACAUUUUGGAGGUGAACCCUUCAUCUGCCCUCUAUGAGCAAAUCUUCUGUUCAUGUCACCAUAUUAGUGGCUUGACCAGUACUUGCUACUAAAGGAACAGAUUGACCUUUUGAGAAAUCCGCUUGUUUGCUUUCUUGGUGAAAGUUAGGUGAGAAGACCACUUCUAUGUUUUUACUAUAAAUGCGAAGCUGCAGCCAACAAGCUGUUCUAUGUGGUCUUUAUGUUGAGCUCACAUCUCCUGGCCAGCAGCCACUUAGCUUAUCUUAGCAUGAGGACUAGAAACUGAGGACAACCUUUUUUCCAUAUUUUUCUAAAUUUAGCUUUAGCUUCAUGAUUACCAUGCAGAUAUGAGAGCAAUGUUUUCAGCUAAAUCACGGCCAAAAAAAAAAAAAAAGCAAAUGAGCUCAUAUCUCAAAACAUCAAUCACUUCCUUUAAAAACAUCUACUUCAACCCAAAUUAUAAUUUCCUUUUCCCCAUUUCAAGUGUCUGUCUUGGAUGCAAUGAAAGCAUGAGAAUUAACUAAAUUGAACCAAAAGAAAGAAGUAGAAAUGUACCUUCACAAAUUAUCAUGUUGUUUUAAAUGAAGUAUUUAUCAUGUAUGUCAUGUAUUAUAUAUAUACUGGAUUAGGUGCAGUAAAGAGCAUCUCUUAGGAGUUUGUCAACUGAGAGCCCUUACAGCUGACAGACUUCAGUGAUGGAAGCACUUCCAAAACAAGAAAAAACUUCCUUGUGUAAUAAAAAAAAGAAGAAAGUGAAGCACUUUAAAGCCUUUUGAGGUAACGAAUGAAAGAAAGAAAGACAAGUGGCAGCGGUUUAGUUUGGAGGUGAAUGCAGGGCUGAGGACAUAGUUGUUUUCAUUAAUGGAUAUUUUAUAAUUUAACAGCCACAUUGUUGAUUUUUCUCAGUUGAAUCUGCUUACGUUUCAAAAAACUGUCACUUUUGCCCAAAUACAAUUGAGAUAAAUGUGAAUCUUCCAAAACACAUCCCAAACAAAGCAGCUCUGAACUAAGACUGACACACUCUCUUGUGUGUUUUGUGGGCGAGGCAGGAAUGAGUGAUUUUUAUGAGGGAAAAGGUAUCUUUACUGUGUGCCUGCAUGGCGUGUUACUGACUGACAUAUUGUAAACGGCAGGAAAGCUUCCUGACUGGAUCCCUGCUGUGUGUGUGCACAUAUACUACAUUUGAAGAAGGCACUGAGUAAUGAUAACACACGGAAACCUUAUGACCUGAAUGUGAGUGGUUAGCAAUGUUUUCUGAAGUUAGGCUUCAUGUAUACGACGAUGCAGGAAUGUCAUCUGUAUGAAAAUGUGACUGAAAUGCUUUAACGGUUUGUUUUAAGUGCGUUUUUUUCUUUCUUUUUCUCAAAAAUGGCAAACAUCCUCCAAGUGUUUUGAAGGAAAUGUGGUAAAUGCUUGAUUGAGGUGUUUUUUCUGGCACUGACUUUAUUCUUUUCACUGUCAAGACUAAGGGAGACCGUUUAUAAUGACCGGCUAAUCUUGAUCUUCUGUAUAAACACACUCCUUUGUCCAAAUUAGAUGCUCAUUCAGGCUUUAAAGGAACUCUUGCAGCACACCUGAUUUUAUUUUCACAAAACUCCACAAUUAUGCAAAUUAGGUUUAAGUUUUUAACCUUCAGUUCAUGUUUCUCAUUCUGGCCAACUCAUUUGACUCAAACUGAACUCCUGUUGUUUUUUUUGUUUUUUUUUGUUCCUUUUCAGUCUUUCUUUUCUAGCGUACACUCACACAGUUAAUCUGUGUCACAUGAAUGAUUGUAUGAUCGCUAUCGCUGCACAGCUGUGGAACCAAGGCCACCGGAGAGUUUAGGACGCCACCAUUCUUUGUCGCUGACAACUUAUGGAUUGCGUUGGCUGUAUCUAUCGGUGUCACAGAGCAGUGCCGCCCAUGCAGCACAGUACAGUACAGUACAGACCAGCAGCCUUGGUUAACGCACGAUAGGAAUCACACACAACCUCCUGAAAACAACCACUGAUCAAACUCAUAGCAAAUGCUCUUCUUCAAGUGUGUCUUGAUUAAAAAAAAAUACGUACUGCUGUAGUUCUGUUCAAAAACAAUUCUACUGUAUGUUUUUUUUUUGUUUUUUUUUUAGAAAAUGUUUUGAUCUCUAGACUUUUAGUGAAAUUUAUACAUGAGAUAAAUAUACUGUAAGUAUAUGUUGUGUAUAUCUGCAGUGUGCACACACACACACACACUGACAAAAGAACCCAGCCUGCGCUGCGCGUAGGUUUUGACUUGCCGAUGACUUUGCCUCAUAGAGACUGAAGAUAAAAGUGGCUUUCUGGUUCAUGUGAAGUAGAGAGUGGAAGUAUGAAUAAAACAAACAAAAAAAAUACUAAACAAAUGGC